AUGUCUCAAUCCACAGGUGAUCAUCCACGUCGCAGCCUCCCCUUUCUCCCACCGGAGCUCACUCUUCGUAUUAUCGAGGAGUCUGAAGAGGCCUCUAUAUGCCUAGUAAACCAUCUUUCGAAAGGCCAUCUGCUGUGCGACGGUUUUCAGGAACAUACCACAGUCAUUUACCCCCGUAGUGAUAGGAAGGAGGAUGGCACAUUUACUCGUGGAAAGUUCGAGGUACUUCCGAUGCAGCAUCGCUGCGUCGCGGGAGUGAUCCAAGCAUCAGAUACACCCGCUCUCCCAUUUGACCCUCGAGAAGAUCAAACAUCUUAUGAUACGAGGCAAAAGCUUCACCCCGAGGGAUCUAUCGGGCAUCCUCAAAAAGCUCAAAAGUGGUCUUGUAACCGCAACUGA